AUGACUUCUCAAGAGCAAAGAGUUUUAGAGUACCAAGAUUCUUUUGAAGACUCUGAAUACCUAGCGUUCUUACAAAAAACUGCGCAACAAGCACAACGUCUUCAGGAGAUUCAACAACAAGAGAAUUACGAAAUUAUUUCACGGGUAGAGGAUCCAGCUACGUAUCCAUCCGAAAUCAAACGCAUUAGAGAGGAAUUACUCGAAGCUAGUGUACAACUUUUAUAUAUUUCAGAGAGCGAGGAACCAUAUGAGUUUAUAUUUAUUCCAAACGAUCAAAUUACUUCUCUUCCAACCGACAACGCGAAUUUUGCAAAUUUGAUUAAGCAAUAUAAUAUGAAUAUAAUGACAGAAGACGAGGAAACAAUAGGAGAAAAUCAUGUCAUGGUAUUUCAAGAGUUUUUUGAACCAUUUACUGGUGCUAAUGCACAGGAUCCAUAUGGUCAAAAAGAAGGAUAUAAAGAAUUACAAAAAAUUGUUGAAGCAACCUUUGGCGGCAAAGACAAUGUAAGAAUAUAUAAAAUUGGCGAACAACGCAGAGUUGGGGUAUAUAUUGUUGGAUUGGUUAAAGGCAUUGGAAUGGCUGGAUUAAAGACUAUGAGCAUUGAAACGUAA